AUGAAGUUGGCUUGCGGUAGAUAUGGGAUGUUUCCCGGUCUCUUUCCUCUUCGCAAACUCUUAUUUUGUCCAAAUGAAUGUAAUAUCUUAUUUAAUAUAAAAAGAAAAUUUGAUAAAGAAAAAGUUUGGUAUGAAUGGUUUAUUGAAUAUGAGGAAAAUGGGGAAUUAAUUAAAAGUGAAUUGCAAAAUGAAAAUGGGGAGAGUCAAUCAAUGAAUUUGUCUUAA